CAAGAAAUACAUUCCUUGUCAUUUGUGGAAGGAAGCAAAUUAUUUAAAAUUAGUUGUUAUUCGUGGAUUUGUAAGUUAAUUAUUAUAGAAUGCCGAAAAUUGUGGAGUUGCGUUCAGACCGUAGUCUUUUACAAAACAAUUUCGAUGGUUAUAAAUUGUCUUUAGAUCCAGUGCCUUUAUUGCGUGAGGAAUUGCCUUCGGCCCCAUAUAAAGCGGAACCAAAUGAGGAGCAAUACUCUUUGCUGCAUGCAGAACUAUUCUCCAUGCAAAAUUUGCUUCAAGUGGAUCCAUGGGCUCGCACAAGUUCUUACUACGUCACAUGUCUUGGUGAAGUUAUGCGAACCGCUUAUAAUGAGACUUCUGGGCGCGCAGAAUCAAUACGAGUUGUAUAUCGAGUAAAACAACAUUCACCACGUGUCAAAGGAGAUUACAAUUAUUCCAUGCGUUUUAUAUCUGAAAAAUAUUGCGUGAUAUGCGAUGGUAUUCAACAUAUUUAUUUGUUAGAUACAAACGAUCGUCUUAAGGCUGCAGAAUGGAAACUGAUUACAGAAACCCGCAUAUGUGAAGAUGCUUCUGACGCGACAUCUCCUGAGCGUAAUUUCUGUUUGUACGACUGUCGAUUGGAUAUUGUACAGGAAGAAAAGCAAAUAAGUUUGGCUUUAGGUAGGGUUAAAAGAAUCGACGCUGACUGUGUCAGUGGCUCCUGCCACUUUAUGCAAUUACAUUGGGCCAAAUGGGUACAAAAUAAAGAAUGGCUGUUCUCGAUAAUUGACACGCUCGAAAGUAAAGGAUCGCUAUAUUACUGUGCAUUUGAGCCGCGAGCAGAUUCUCUGAUUAUUUGUUCGAACCAUGAAUACGUUUUUCGUUCUCAAAAAACCGUUGCAACUAAUGAAGUAAACGUGGAAAAAACACAAUUACACGAUGAAAGCUCGAAAGUUGGAGAUUUUACGUGGACGCAAACAGAUGACGAUAUAACCAUAAAAUUUAAUGUGAAAGAAGGAAAGGAGAGGACAGAUUACAAUAUAAAGUACGUAAAUGAUAAACUGACAGUGAAAUGUUGUGAGGAAGUGAUUCUAGAGAGUGAGCUCUUCGCAAAGGUUGAUCCAGAUUUGACAACAUGGACAAUUGAAAACAAUUACUUGCAAAUAACGCUUGUUAAACGCACCUCAUCUUUGUAUUGGCCAUCACUACUCUCUAAUAACGCGGGCCCUAAAGAAACUUUAGACAGCGACCGACAAUCAGAUUUUCCAGCUGAUCAAAGACCUAUUGCCAACUUGGAAGCACCUAUUGAGGACUGCGACUUUCCUAUAGGAUGUAUUGAAGAAGAAAUACAAAUUGGUCGUUAUCAUUUGCCCACUAAAUCAGUUACACACGUUGUACUACUCGGUUCAUCGCCACCUCUUUUUUCCACUAAUUUACGCCCGGGCUUUCCUAACGCUUUGGCUAUACGUCAAGAUGUUGAUGCAGGGCUUUGGUUACAACAAUACAAUCCAAACAAACCUGAAGAUUGGUCGCUGCGGCAUGAAGGCAAUUUAAAUGCCUUCGGCUAUGUUCAAGCUUCUAAGCAACAACGAAAAUUCGUUGAUUGCGCACCUGAUUUUAAUUAUGCGCUCAUCUGCGAAUCCCAUCGCCACAUUUUUCUUUACAAAUCAAAUUACGAUGGUGCAGGUGGUUUACGAAAUCGUAACGGACCUCAAGUUAGAAUAGGAAAGCAACACUUAAUAACCCUGGAAGAUACUGGAGAAGUGCUAGGCUUGGCGACAGCUGAAAAUGUAGUGACUAUCUUAACUGAACGCUGUGUUCUUCAUUUGCAAUUAAGUUAACUAAAAUACUUUUAUUGCUUGAAAAUAUAGCGCAAAAUAAAUUCAUAUUCAAUCAUGAA